ACGGAUAUUCACACCCCUACCCACCGAAUAUUCGUCCCUUUCCGUUAUAUCCGCCUCUGCCUCCGUUUUCUCUUAUUUUCCCUCACUUUCUUUCUCAUUUUCUCACUAGCCUAACGCCCCCUUGAGAGUUGAAGAAGAGAGUUUUUGCCAUGAAAUUUGGGAAGAGCCUCAGUAACCAGAUUGAGGAGACGUUGCCUGAAUGGCGGGAUAAGUUCCUUUCUUAUAAGGAUCUUAAGAAGAAAUUGAAGCUUAUUGAGCCUAAGUCCGGUGAGAGGCCGAAUAAACGGCUUAGAUUGGAUGAAAAUUCUGGUGACGUUGUCGACGCCGGAGAUAAAUUUGGCGUUGGCGAUGGCGACGGUAUGUCGACAGAGGAGACUGAUUUUGUUAAGCUUUUGGAAGAUGAGCUCGAGAAAUUCAACACGUUUUUUGUUGAGAAAGAGGAAGAAUACAUCAUAAGAUUGAAGGAAUUACAAGACAGUGUGGCAAAGUCAAAGGAUUCUAAUGAAAAGAUGAUAAUGAUUAGGAAGGAGAUAGUGGACUUCCAUGGCGAGAUGGUUUUGUUAGAGAAUUAUAGCGCCCUUAAUUACACAGGAUUGGUGAAAAUACUGAAGAAGUAUGACAAAAGAACUGGUGCUUUGAUCCGCUUGCCUUUCAUUCAAAGGGUCUCGCAACAACCCUUCUUCACUACAGACUUGCUUUACAAGCUGGUCAAGGAGUGUGAGGCAAUGCUGGACCAUCUCUUCCCCAAGAAGGAAAAACCAGCUUCAACUGAAGCAAAGAAUGGGGAUGACAGUGGGGACGGUGAGGAUGACAGGUGCGAUCCUUCAACAUCCUUAACGUCUAAGAGUGCAGAUCUGGUCAGAAUGCCGAAAGAGCUGGCCGAGAUAGAGUACAUGGAGAGCCUAUAUAUGAAAAGCACCAUAUCAGCAUUGCGUGUUUUGAAGGAAAUUCGGAGUGGAAGCUCAACUGUCAGUGUUUUUUCAUUGCCGCCAUUGCAAAUAAGCGGAUUGGACGAGUCAUGGAAAAAGAUUCCUGUUCUUGAACAAGAAGCCAAAUAGUUGAAUUUUGGAUGUGGUUUCCUACGACCGAUACAUAAGGAAGCCUUAAAGAACAAGAAAAGGGAAAGAGCUCCAAGGAAACAACAGUAAACGAUACGAUUCAUACAAAGUAUCUAACUGGAGGA